AUGGCCAUGCCCAGUAUUGGCGCCUCCUCCUCGACAGAUUAUCAAUCUCUUGAAGAUGAUUCCACGGUUUUGAUGGUUGGAACAACAACAGGAGGAGGCGUUGGUGGCCGAGUGGAAUCAUCUCUUGUUCAGAAAGAAGAGAAUUUGAUGAUAGACUUGAAAUCAUCCUCCCCAACACCUCAACAACUCAACAACAACAACAUGCGAUCGUUUUGGUUCAUCUUCUUUUGGCUAUGUGCCUUGUUGACUCAUCUCAUCAUGUCGACCAAUCAAGUCAUUUCUCGAUAUUUAUUACAUUACGGAGGAAAACAAACAGCCAUUCAACCCUAUACUUGUUAUGUUUAUCUAAUUUGGGAGCAUUGA